GUUCAAUAUAAUUUUGUGUUGGUUCCUCACAACGGAUUCCAUACUUGAAUCUGCUGAAGUUAAUUCACUCUUGGAAUGACAAGCUUGUGGCUACUUCCUACUUAAUGAGUUGAUCUAUGAGGAGAAACGUUUAGAAGUUUUAGUCCAGACGAACAUUUUCUCUUCUAUCAUUUAGUUUUUUUGUGAAAUUUAGUUUUGCGCAUUAUGUUUAUAUGAGUACUAGAUCUACAUCACGGAAAACGACAAAACCAAAGCACUUCACGCUGUUGGGGCAUUUGGAGUACAUUGGCUAACUUGCUAGCCACUAAGCUAGCCAACGUUAGCUAAGUUUGCGACGGUUUCAAGGUGGCAGACGAUCAAGACCCAGUGGAAUAAUGUUCGUCACUCGGCACUAAACUGAAGUAAAUAAGUACUUACUAAAGUUUUGUUAUCCACUAACCUGAUGAUGGAUACGGAACGUUAACAUUAACAUAUAUGGUGGAAUAACCUGCUGGCGUCUGCUUAACGUUAACUUAACUGUUUAGCUAGCUUGAAAACAGUAGCAUGCCAGUUCAAUUAUCUUUAUGUGAUUGGUUUUGUUCGCUUGAGAAGGUCGUUUGAAGUAUACCAGUUCAUAUAAUCAGGAUAUUCUCUAUCCACGUCUGUUUUAAAUGCCUAAUUCGGACGUUGUUCGUGAGGCCCGAGGACGCAGCCCAUUGGCACAGCGAAAUUCCGGGCAGGCGAGGCGAAGUAACAUUAACGUUAAUCCUGUAAGCAUUGUUACUUUAAGAAACAAACAUCGGGAGAAGAGGCGUUCAUCAUCUUCACGGCGAAAGAGGCACAAACAUGCCAAAGAAAAGCCCAUUCACACCCCAGACGAACCCAACAGCGAACGUAGAUGUUAUUUUAAAAGAGACGGGGAGCUAAGGACUUUGGUGGAGUACGACGAUGUGAGCUCUCAGUCUGAACGCUUCUCGGGGAGCCCCUCGCCCAGACACGGUGCUAGUAGAUUGGACCUUCUCAGUGAUGGCGAUUUUUUAGACGGUAGCGGCCUUACGUGCCCUGAUAGAAGGCAACGGAAAGAACCUAACCCAUUGUAUUUAAAUAGAGACCCACAAAGGCAAACUCCAACUGAAAGGCACAGACAAGAAAAUGAGCACAGACGAAAGGAUCGUCUAAACAAUGACAGAGACUCCAAAGUUCAUAUAGGAGGCAGAUUUGACAAGAGAAACAACAAGGAGAGCUCGAGGAACAGUGACCGCACUGUUCAGAAGUCGCCCCUUAGUUUGCCACAAACAUCACUGGAUAAGAGGGAAUCUAAACGACACAAAGUCAAAAGCAGGUCUGAAAAAGAUCCUCAUUCUUCAUAUCGAGAUACACCACAAGCAUAUAAAGAAGAAUGUGAAGAACCUAGGGCCUAUGGAAGAAGUCUGGCAUUUAAGGCAGAAAGUCCAUAUGGGACGUCCUGCUCAUUCGGCUACCAGUCACCGGGCUCUAACUACCAGUUGAUAUCAAGGAGAAGUCCUGGUUUUGGCAACAAGCGACCUUCCCCCAGUUCAGCAUACUCUGGUCGAGAUGUGGAUUUGUAUGGUGCCUACAGCAUUGCAAAGUCCCCAGGGCCAUACGGAUGUGACAAAAGAAACCGAUCCCCUGUAAGCCCAUACAGUUGGCGGAGAUCCCCAAGUUAUGGCCGUCAUAGCCCAUUUGAACAAGGAGAACUCUCUAGUCCUUAUAGGCCAAGUGGUUGUAGACGAGCAGGAAGUCCCUACCGAAAGUCUUCAAGUCCAAGCCCAGGGAAAAGUCGUCGAUGUGGCGAAUCUCGCAGCCGAAGCCCAUAUGCCUCAUCAUGUCAGUCACGUUCCCGAAGCCAUCGCCACCAUUCCCGUUCUCGCAGCCGACCCUCAAGCUUAUCUCCCAGCACACUGACAUUAAAGAGUACACUGGCAGCUGAGCUCAGCAAACAGAAGAAAGUUAAAGCUGCUGAAGUUGCAGCCAGAGUGAAGAACUCCUCAUCCGUCAAGUGUAACACAUCCACGGCCUCUGUGCUUCAAGACAGCCACACUUCAAACCAUGCUACUUUGAAAAAGACUCGACCAUUUUCACCCCUGCCGCAUCAGGAGAGAAUGUCAAGAUUCCAGGAUUCCAGUAUGUCUAGCCAAUAUAUACCUGUUGCUAAGAUCUUCAAGAGGACAUCAGAGGUCCCUCUUGCCAGAAGCAAAAGCAUAAAAACUGAGGAGGAUCCGCUCAUUCAAAAGGAGAAAAAUAAAGUCAUGGCUAGCCAGAGUAAAGAGCAGGAACCGGUUACCAGACCACCAGUAGGCACAAUGCCCUCUCUGCACUUGCCACCCUUCCUUUUGGAAAAUGUGGAUGGGGUGAAAAGAAUGAAGGAGUGCUUGCCGGCACACACAGGAAAACAGAAGCCAGAGAGGAAAGCGAGACACCUCCUUACUGACCUCCCACUUCCUCCAGCACUCCCUGAGGAUACUUCCACAUCUAGUCCAUCAGAAGACAAAAAGCCCAACAUUCUACGCAGGAGGCCAAAAAUAUGUGGCCCUCGGUUUGGAGAGAUUAAGGAGGCAGAAAUUGAUUGGGGCAAACGAUGUGUCGACAAGUUUGAAAUCAUUGGGAUCACUGGUGAGGGUACUUAUGGACAGGUGUAUAAGGCAAAGGACAAGGACACAGCUGAAAUGGUCGCGCUGAAGAAGGUUCGUUUAGACAAUGAGAAGGAAGGUUUUCCCAUUACUGCCAUCAGAGAAAUAAAGAUCCUUCGUCAACUAAACCACAAGAGUAUAAUCAACAUGAAGGAAAUUGUUACAGAUAAGGAGGAUGCUCUCGACUUUAAAAACGAUAAAGGGGCAUUUUAUUUAGUGUUUGAAUACAUGGACCAUGACCUUAUGGGGCUUCUGGAAUCUGGCUUGGUACACUUCAAUGAAAGUCAUAUCAAAUCCUUCAUGAGGCAACUUCUUGAAGGCCUUGACUACUGCCAUAAGAAGAACUUUUUGCACCGUGAUAUUAAGUGCUCAAAUAUCCUUCUCAAUAACAAGGGGCAGAUUAAACUGGCUGAUUUUGGUUUGGCCAGGCUCUACAACUCUGAAGAAAGCCGACCAUACACCAAUAAGGUGAUAACUCUCUGGUAUAGACCUCCAGAGCUUCUGCUUGGGGAGGAGCGAUACACACCAGCCAUUGAUGUAUGGAGUUGUGGAUGCAUACUUGGGGAAUUAUUCAUCAAGAAGCCCAUCUUUCAAGCCAACCAGGAGCUUGCACAAUUGGAACUCAUUAGUCGAAUAUGUGGCAGCCCUUGCCCAGCUGUGUGGCCAGAUGUCAUAAAGCUACCAUACUUCAACACGAUGAAGCCAAAGAAACAGUACCGUCGACGUCUGAGAGAAGAAUUUUCUUUUAUCUCUUCCACAGCACUAGACCUGUUUGAUCACAUGUUGGCCCUUGACCCCAGCAAGCGUUGCACAGCAGAACAGGCCCUAAGAAGUGAAUUUCUCAAAGAUGUAAACCCAGCCAAAAUGCCCCCUCCUGGUCUCCCUUUGUGGCAGGAUUGUCAUGAAUUGUGGAGCAAGAAGCGGCGGAGACAGAAGCAGAUACCAGAAGAGAUUGUUCCCAAGGCGCCACGAAAAGAACUGGGGUUGGAUGAUAGCCGCAGUAACACCCCACAGGGUCUCCCGGUACCUGUGGUACACAAAGGUGUGGCCUCCACUACCCUUCCAGAUCCUAAAGAUGUAAGCCCACAGCUGACACAAGAGCAGUUGGCGGUGUUGUUCAAUUUGCUUAAAUCCAAGAAUACUACAGGCACAGCAUCAGCCUCUGCUCAAUUUUGCCAUGCCAUUAGCUCGAAGAUGAACUUGGAAACUCUGCAGCAGUUGACCAGAGCUCCUCCUACAGGACUUGUUGAGCUUGACAACCUUAAUGAGACCCUUGCUCCACCUCUACCCGCCUCCCAUACUCCCAAAAUACCUCGUACUCCACCACUCCCUAGACCUCUGUCGCCCCUCCCUGUUAACAGUAAAAUUGAUGGGGGAGAGGCAUCAGAAGCAGCUGCCACACAGACAGCUGUAACUAUGCUUCUGGCUCAGCUGUUGAAGGUUCAGCAGCCUCAGCAACAGCCAGAGGGAGAAGGCCCAAACCCUAAUCCAGGAGGAGAGGGGGCUGACUUGCCAAAAGGAAGAGUCCCACUUGGGUCAGCAGUGAUAUCUUCUCUGUUGCCUCCAUCCGAAGUCAGACAGCCUACUAAGCCCAGCCCAGAGUCUCCAGUAUCUAUUGGAAGUGAGGUGCUGUCUUCUUCCAGAUCACAGGAGUCUUUGCCCAUCUUACCUCCAGACCAGAGACCUCCAGAGCCUCCUGAGCCACCCCCUCAUUGUGAAGAUCUGGACUAUCGACAAGGCUCUGAAAUCAAACAGUGUCACUUGCCCGAGUACCCUCCUCCUCUGGGUGUGGAGGGUCCUAGUUCUGAAGGUGAUUUCCUUGGGCCUGCCCACUUCCCCUCUUCCAGUUUUCCAGAUGGCUACCUAAGUCAUAUGAUGAGUGGGAAAAUACCAGUGCACACUCUAAGGGAUGCAUUUUGUGGCAUCCAUAAGCAAGAGCCAAUUGCUGCCGGUACGACAGUGCCCCAGAAUUCUUUACCAGGGGGAGUUACAGGAGUUGCAACAGUGGGGUCAGGGGGAGGUACUAAUAACAUAAACAGUAUGGUCUUCAGUGGUGAUAUAGACCACCGUUUUGAAUACAGUCAAAGCCCAGUACCGGUCAAUGGUUCCUCCAGCCUCCAACUUUACAACCACACCAUUUCAGGAAAGGAUGGUGCUCUGCCAUUUCCUCCUUCAACAGUGACAUCUCACCAUGGCCAAGCAUGGGAAUCACCCUCUCAGUCUGGAGCCCCACCUCUCCCCCAUGGAUUUGCCCCUCACAUGAGCACUGCAUCAUUGAGAGGACAGUGUCCUCCUUUCUGACUGCCAUUCUAAGCCCUUAUGCAAGGAAUAUGUUUACUGGAUUCUUAAUAAUAUUAAGAUACUGUUUGAAGAUAUUAUACUCCUCUGUAAUAGACAAACUCCCAGGGUAUCUUUUAUGGUGAGCUUUUCCUGCUCAUAAUUUUUGUGUGUGUCUGUAUAUGCUUGGUUUCAUCAUCAUUCAUAGUUUGAAAUUUAAAAGAACCUUUAUGGCUAAAGACUGCUUCACCAGCACUUCCAUAGGGACAACUGUGUUAAGACGUUUUGAACUACUGAAUAAAGCUGGAAGAAUCAUUGUAUGUAUGGGUUAGACAUUAAAUAAUAUUCAUUUUGAAGAUCUUUUUGAACACCUGGAGAUCAUCUAAUUUUUCAGUAGAGGAUUUAAAUUAGACUGUAUAGAGACCAGAAGCACUUGGCUGACUGAAUGUAUGGAAAUCUACUGAAUGAUGUUGAAAAUCAGGUGGUGUUGGUAACAACACCCACCAGCCCUUGUGUAGAUCUUUGAUAAAGUUGAAAAUUAUUUUUUAAGACAUUUAACCAAGCACAAAAAAAUGUGCAACCAAUGUCUUUUUAUACUUUUUCUCUGGCCAGAAUUUAUUAAAGAAAUGCCAACAAUAA